CGUCCAGAAAGCGUAGCUUAAGAAGUGAUCAGGUAACCUACAGGAGUUUAGGCCACAGUUAAAUACCCGUAACAGGAACCAUGGCAACCCACGAUCAACAACGACAUACGGCGGCGAAGGCCCCGGUCCCGAAUGACCUUUCGCAGUUAACCAAAAGCAUGGCGGAAUUCACACGUAACCUAUACAAUGAGAUCAGCAAACAGAACCCUGAUGAGAAUCUGUUCUUUUCCCCGUUCAGCAUCGCCACUGCCUUGGGGAUGACUUUAGCAGGAGCUAAAGGAAACACUGCUAGUCAGAUUAUAAAGGCUCUAAAGUUGACACAAGAGAGCGACGACUUCCACACUGCCUUCCAGAAACUAUUUGGGGAAAUUAAAACCACGAACGCCGCAUACACCCUUAGCACAGCUAACAACAUGUUCGUCGACCAGAAAUUCAAAGUGUUGGACGAGUAUUUGAAGGCGAUCCAGUCGUCGUUCAAAUCCCAUGUCACAAACGUCAAUUUCGCCCAAGAUUCCGAAGGUUCCCGUUCAACCAUAAAUACAUGGGUAGACAAGGAAACGAAUUCAAAAAUCCAGGAUUUGAUUCCAUCAGGGGUGCUCACGGCGCAGACCGUCAUAGUUUUGGUCAACGCGAUAUACUUCAAAGGAAAUUGGGCCAGGAAAUUUUCGUCAGACGUCACGCACUCAAAACCAUUCCAGUUGAAGAACGACAAGAAAAUUCAAGUGGACAUGAUGUACCAAAAGGCCAAAUUCCCCUUAGGCCGCCUCACUGAGCUAGAUUGUCAAAUCCUGGAGCUACCGUAUGUUGAGCAUGACCUGAGCAUGUUCAUUUUGCUUCCAAGGAGAGCAAACGGCCUGACGCGUCUGGAAGAGUCUCUCACACCAGCAAUACUUCAGUCAGUCCGGAGCUUUGUCUCCGAAACAGAGGUUGAAGUCCAUCUUCCGAAAUUUAAACUCGAAAAAGGGGCAGAGCUUUCAAACAUUCUAGAGCAGCUAUGGAUAAAGGACUUGUUCGCGGAAGGUGUGGCUGACCUGUCAGGUAUAGAUGGCACGAAGGACCUGUACGUCUCCAAUGUCGUCCACAAAGCUUUCAUCGAAGUGAACGAAGAGGGUACCGAAGCUGUAGCAGCCUCAGGCUUUGUACCCACUCCCUUGUGCUACACGAUGCCUGUGCAGUUUAACGCGGAUCAUCCGUUUCUGUUUUUUAUCAUGCAUAAUCGGACGGGCGUGAUUUUGUUCAUUGGGCGCCUUUCACAACCGCAAGAAUCAGGGAAAGAAAAGGAUGAACAAUACUAGCCAUUGAGGAUUGUAUAAAGUGUAUGUUAUGCAUUCCAUACAGAAGGGUUGGUGUGAAACAUGUGGAAGUUUGCAUUUCCGAGCUCUUACGGACACUCCUAAAUCGGGAUUGUCAUGCUGUGUUACUUACACAAACGAUGUGUAUAUUGUGGCCGUGUGUAUGGUGUGGGGGGAGGGGGCGUAUACUGUGUGUGUGGGCGGGGGGAACACCGAGCACUUGUUCAGUCUGAACUUGUAUAUUUAAUUUGUGCUCAUGUGUACACAGUGCUUAUUAGUACACGGACCCUGUCUGUGGAAUUUUGUGUAUAUUUCGUCAUACACUCAGUUAUACUGUGGAUUUUCCCUCUUAUUCGUGCAUUUAUGCCUGUAUGGUUUUCCGCAUUGUGGAAUAUAUGCGUCCGUUUGGACUUGACACCGUUGUACAUGUAAGUAGAUUAGUAUUUGUAUAGACACUGCUAUCCUUUCUUGUUAAACUUAAGUACUUUAGUAUUUGUAAAAAUAUUGUUAUCUGUUCUUGUUAAACCUAAUAAA